UAAUUUUUCCUAAAAUAUUCUCCCAAAAUCAUCUCAUUCUUAAAUCUCUCACCUAUCUUCUUUGUAUAUAUUUUUCCUCCUCCUGUCUCCAUAACUGUGAAUGCUCGUUUUUGUUUUCUACACAGCAAUCUAUAUUAAAAUAUUUCCUCGCCAAUUAAUUCUUCUCACAGUUUCUCACUCAUCUGACUUUUCUUUUGUUCAUCUCCUGUUUUUGAACUUUUUCUUCUUCAAAAGCAUUAAAGUCUACAUAAAGAAACAAAUCUUUAUCCUGAUAUCAUUAGAUUUAUGAGGUUUUUCGUUCUGUUAUUAUUAGAUUUUAUGUGGGUUUUUUGGAAAAGGUAAAAUCAUGGAGUCUGCAGCAAGUUCUGAUACCUCGAGUCCUGAUUCAUGGCCUCCUUCAUCAAGCAAUGGAAGAAAUUCCAGAAUCUCCUUUUCUCCCCUUCGAUUCUUCAACUCCCCUGUUUUAUCCCUACUCGAAUACUCCGGGUUUCUUCGGGUCCGACCCGACUUCCACUCUGACGCUCAGCCCCCUGUAUCCGAACCCACCAACAAUUCUGUCUCAAUCAAUGAUAAUAGUACUAGUACUAGUAAUAGUAAUGAUAACAAUGGGGAGGUUUCUAUUCGGAUAAUCGGGGCAGGGGAGCAUGAUAGAAUUGGGGUUGUUGAAAAUAGAGGAGAGGGCGAUCAAACGGGCUCGGGUUUGGGUCCGGAGGAGUCUACUGGGGGUUUUGUUAAUGAUAAUGGGAAUGGUAGCAGCAGCAGCAGUAAUGAUACCAACAGGGAAACGUCAUCAUAUCAAAGAUAUGACAUACAGCAGGUGGCGAGGUGGAUUGAGCAGAUUCUUCCCUUCUCUUUGCUUUUAUUGAUGGUUUUCAUCCACCAGCACUUGCAAGGAUUCUUUAUUACAAUUUGGAUCACUGCUGGCUUGGUCAAGUCUAAUGACAUUCUUCGGAAGCAGACAGCUCUAAAGGGAGAGAGAAAGAUUUUGGUCCUUGUUGGUUAUUCAUUUGCCUUUAUACUUCAUGUAUCUGGAAUCUACUGGUGGUGUCGGGAUGAUGAUAUUUUCUAUCCUCUAUUUAUGGUUCCUCCAAAGGUUAUUCCACCGUUCUGGCAUGCAAUUUUUAUCAUCUUGCUAAAUGAUACAAUGGUGCGACAGGCUGCAAUGGUCUUGAAGUUGGUUCUGCUGAUGUAUUUUAGGAAUAGCAGGGCCCAUAAUUUUCGCAGACAGGGUCAAAUGUUGACUCUAGUUGAAUACACGUUGCUUCUAUACCGGGCAUUGUUACCAACACCUGUAUGGUAUAAAUUCUUCUUGAACAAAGAAAAUGGAAGUCUCUUCUCGUCAUUGAUAACAGGGUUGUAUUUAACUUUCAAGCUUACAUCAAUUGUUGAAAAGGUCCAAUCAUUUGUUGCUGCCUUGAUGGCAUUAUCGAGAAAGGUCCACUACGGGUCUUAUGCAACAUCAGAACAGAAGCAAGAGCACAUGUCCUUAACAAGUGACAUGCACCUUUUUGCUCGUAGUCUUCAUAUCCGGGAAAAAGGAAAAGCAUUUGGUAAACUAAGCUGUAAAUUACUGAACAUAGGUGAAUGCGGCAGGAGAUCUAUGUGCUAUAUGCCAGGAGAAAAUGCAUGCCCCAAUCUUAUUGCGCUGUAAACAUAUCUUCUGUGAAGACUGUGUUUCAGAAUGGUUUGAAAUGGAAAGAACUUGCCCUUUGUGCAGGGCCCUUGUUAAACCUGCUGAUCUUCGAUCAUAUGGGGACGGGUCGACCGGUCUUCUCUUCCAGUUAUUCUAAUAGUCUCAUCUCGUCGGAGAGUGGUUUUUUUUUCUUGACCUGCUUUGCAAGCAUCAAAGCAUUUUUCUGCAGGAGUUGCUUUUAAGAUUGCUUCAUAACUGGAUCACCCUUGGGAAGAUUUCUAUAAUGGAGUUAUAAAAAUUGGACAUGGAUUUGCAUUAGAUUUAUGUUAUGUAUCAGCAAAUUGGUUCGAUGUAACCAAGGUGCUGUGGCUUGAGAAAUCUUGAUACAUGAAGGAAUCUCUUGAUUCCAUCUCAGUACAUAUGUUGGUUUUGGUUUUCAAAAUAAGGAACCUUGGGUUGUAUUUUCCA